AGUAUAUUUUUAAUGUGCGCUGACUUUCAUCACGAUGGCCGUGGGCUACUUCGCAGUACAAGACUAUGUGGUGUUUGCUGUCAUGCUGGUGGUGUCUGCCGCCAUCGGGGUCUACUUCGCCUGGGUUGACAAGGGUCGUGUGAGCUCCAAGGAGUUCCUCACGGGAGGCCGCAGAAUGACGGCCUUGCCUGUCUCUCUGUCUCUGGUUGCCACCUUCCUGUCUGCCAUUUCCAUGCUGUCAGCCCCAGCUGAGGUGUAUCGCUAUGGAGCCAUCUUGGUAUUUGCUUGCCUCUCGCUCAUUUUUGUAAUGGUGGUGACAUCUGAAAUCUAUCUGCCGGUCUUCUAUAGGCUGGACAUCACCAGCACCUACGAGUAUCUGGAGCUACGUUUCAGCAAAGCAACCCGUCUACUGGGAACAGUGCUCUUCGUUAUUCAGGCCGUCCUCUACACUGGAAUGGUUAUUUAUGUCCCAGCACUUGCUUUAAGCCAAGUAACUGGUAUGAAUGUAUGGGGUGCCGUCAUUUCGACAGGCAUGGUCUGUACAUUUUACUGCACACUGGGUGGUCUAAAGGCAGUGGUGUGGACGGACGUGUUCCAGGCUGUUAUCAUGUUGUCAGGUUUUCUGGCUGUGAUCAUUAAGUCCGUGGUCUUUAAAGGUGGAGUCUCCACCAUCAUUUCAGAUUCCCAGCAAGGAGGGAGACUCAACUUUUGGGACUUUGACAUGAACCCUAAGAGGAGACACACCUUUUGGACAGUAACCAUUGGAGGGGUGUUUCUGUGGACUUCCAUCUAUGCAAUCAACCAAGCCCAGGUUCAGAGAUACAUGUCCUGCAAGACCAUCACUCAUGCCAAACUAUCUUUGUACAUCAACUUAUUUGGACUGUGGGUCUUCCUUCUCACCUCCAUAUUUGCUGGAUUGUGCCUUUUCUCAGUCUAUAAGAACUGUGAUCCAUGGACAGCUGGACUGGUCUCUACACCCGAUCAGAUGAUGCCAUAUUUAGCGAUGGACAUCUUGAGAGACUACCCUGGCAUUCCAGGACUGUUUAUUGCAGCGGCAUAUAGCGGCUCGCUAAGCACAGUGUCUUCCAGCAUCAAUGCAUUGGCCACAGUGACAGUAGAGGAUAUGAUCAAACCGUACACCAGUUUGUCAGAGAAAUACCUGUCCUGGCUCUCUAAAGGACUAACUUUCUUAUAUGGGAUUUUAUGUAUUGGAAUGGCUGGAUUGUCUUCAACCCUGGGAGCAAUAAUGCAGGCUGUCAUCAGUAUCUUAGGUGUUACUGGAGGUCCUUUACUUGGUCUAUUCACACUGGGAUUCCUGUGUCCAUUUGCUAAUUCCAAGGGAGCUUUGUUAGGUGUUGUGUCUGGGCUCGUUGCAUCUGUGUGGUUGACUGUUGGAGUCCAGAUUUACCCUCCACCCCCUGAGCUGACGCGGCCUCUGCCACUGACCACGGACGGCUGUAACUUCACCGCAACGCACAGCGUCAACAGGACCUCCACCAUGGCUCCAACAGUACAGCCAAGCACAGCAGCGCCCCUACAGGACAGGCAUUUUAUGGCUGAUAACUGGCCUUAUAUAUCCUACCUCUACACCUGUCCCAUUGGAACUAUAACAGCUAUCGGUGUGGGAGUCAUAGUCAGCCUGCUUUCAGGAGGCUUGAAAGCGAAGGUCGACUCAAGGUUUGCUUUAAUGAAAGAAGAUACAAGUUUGUACUAUAUAUUUGUGUUUUUCAAAAAAAAUGUCAUGAGACAAAGAGGAAUGUGUGACCUGACAAAGGAGACAGAGACCAAAACUGGCAACACUAAUCCUGCUUUCUGUGACAUUGUGAUGGACUUUAAAAAAGAACAUUCCAACACUGACUAAGAUGGUCUUUGCUUUCAAUCCAACCUUCUGUGGUGAUUAAA